AUGGCCGACGAUAAACCUAACUGCAAAGUCAUCCUUGCGAACAACAUCGCCAAGGGUCUUUUGGACGAGGUGCGCGAUGGUCUGAGCAAAAUUCCGCGCAAGCCGCUACUCGUUGGCUUCCUCUCCAGCGCAGAUCCUGCCGCGAGGGUAUACGCAGAAUGGACAGGCAAGACUUGUGUUGAAAAUGGCUUCGCAUUUGACCUGCGCGAAGUCGACCGCGAGCUCCUUGAGGACCGCCUCAUCGAAGCGAACAACGACGCUGCCGUGGACGGCAUCAUUGUCUACUACCCCAUCUUCGGUAACCGCCAGGAUCAAUAUCUCCAGCAAAUUGUCUCCAUCGACAAGGAUGUCGAAGGACUGUCGCAUCGUUACAUUUUCAACAUGUACCAAAACAUUCGCUUCCUUGACCCUGCCAACACCAAGAAGAGCAUCUUGCCUUGCACACCCCUGGCCGUGAUCAAGAUCCUGGAGUACCUGAGAAUCUACAACACCAUCCUGCCAUACGGUAACAGACUGCACGGACGCACCAUUACCGUCAUCAACAGAAGCGAAGUGGUAGGUAGACCACUCGCAGCACUACUUGCAAACGACGGUGCCCAUGUCUACAGCGUGGAUAUCAGCGAUGUGCAAGAAUUCACACGAGGCGUUGGUCUACGAAAGCGAAGGCACGAGGUGGUGGAGAAGCCUGGCUGGACCCUCAACGACUGCCUCCCACUUAGCGAUGUAGUCAUCAGCGGUGUACCUGGAGACAAGUACAAGGUGCCACUCGAGUUGAUGAGGGAUGGAGCCGCAUGCAUCAACUUUUCCAGUGAGAGGAACUUCACGCCCGAGGUCAAGGAGAAAGCCUCCAUCUACGUUCCUGCCAUUGGCAAAGUCACUAUUGCGGUGCUCUUGAGGAAUCUGUUGCGCCUCGCGCAAAACAAGAUUGAUGCUGCUGCUCAGGGCGUGGAUGAGAAGUCCUCGGCUGAGCCAGUGAUUCAGUCGACCGCAUAG